AUGGAUAUAACGACAGUAGAAUUGCACGGCGCGGGACCGUCAACGGGUAGCGGAUAUCAAAGAAGACGACCACCAAAGCUCAAAUCAGUUGAUCGCACAGUGUCUAUGAUUGUUGAUAACUACACCCCGCUUACAUCAGCGGCAUUAUCAGCAAAAAAUGCGGGCCCGUUGGUAAUAAAUAUGGAUCAACCGCUGUCAUCAUCACGACGAUCUUCACCUAACAUAAAUGAAGAAAUUUUUAAGGCUCACAGUCAGAGUUCUAACAGCAUGGACAGUUCGGUGUGCAUGUCGAAUAGCAUGGAUAAUGAUUAUCCACCGCCACCACCCGUGUUGAGAAAAUCAAGCAGCUUUCGUCGUGGUGAAACAAUCGACAUGAUGGAUUUGCCAUCCACAACGUCCACAUCAUUGCAACAUCUUCGAAAAAAUUCGUCAUUUCAUUCAGCUGCUGGUGAUGACACUGUUCAAAUCGUGCCAUUAUCUCGUCAUUACAGUGUACGUCAUCGUCCAACGACUGUCUAUCCAACAUCUUCAUUUCAGUCUGUUCACCACCCACAUCAACAACAAGAGGCAUUGUCAAGAAAUUCUUCUUCAUCACGCCGUAAUUGUUCGAUGCAUCGUUCAUUUCACGAUCCAUCGCAGAAACGUAUGCCGCAAAAUAAACGUGACGCAGCUGUCAAAAGCAAUUCAUUCAGCAGUGAUGAACAACAACAACCAGUUGCAUCACAUUUAAUGUAUCAACAACAACAUUCAUCAAUGCAAUUUCAACCGCCACCAUCGCAGAUGAAACAUUCAUCGAUUGAAAGUGAAUUGUAUCGAUCAAGAAGCAACAGUCGGAGUAAUUCUCAGUGUUUUGAUGAACAAUUGCAGUAUUUGGACGUGUGGAAGCCUUCACCAAUGCCGUCACCAUCAUCAUCACAUUUUCGCAAGACUUCGAACAGUCCACGUCCAUCAAGCUCGAAUAGUUUGGAUCAGGUUUUGAGUCAAGGUUCGGUUAGUCCAAGAGCUUUAAUGAAUACGGGAACGACAGCAAAAAUGCUUCGACAUCAACAUACAGUGGCGGCUUUAAAUCCACAGUUUUUAGCACCGAUCCCGCUGCUAGCUUUAGAUAAGUCUUUUGAUAAUGUUUACCAAGUUAAAUCGCCUGUUUUUGAUAUGAAAAAAUCGUAUAGUUUAAAAUAUAAGAACGGUCCCGGGACAAGUAAGGAGAACCGUGAAUUGUUCAAAUCAAGAAAAUCCAAGAGCUUUAUAACCGACAAAGAUCCAUUAGAUGUGCCAUUUGGCAUGAGUCCUAAUCUUAGUCCAGCUGGUUUAAGUGCCAGUGGAUCCAUAAAGAAGCAUCAUUCACCGCUUAUUUCCCCACUUCCAGUGCGUGGGAGUAUAAUAUUGGAAGAAAUGAAGCGUCGUAGUGGAGACGGUGCUGAUCUUUUGCCACCGAAUCCAGGAAACUUUCCCAUCGAGUUCGGUACACUUGACUUUAACACAAUUUAUAAAUCAUACAGGGCUCAGCAGAAAUCUGCAAAUCGUCGUGAAAAAUAUCGUCGAAAAAAAAGCUCGUCAUCGUUAGGACAAAAAGGCGAUGAUGACUUCGAAUCGCAAUCGAUUACGAAACGCAAGCGAAUUGUUUGCAUUGUGAUGAUCGUUUUUCUAAGUCUCGCGUUGUUUGCUGUAUUGGCUGUUAUCGUGACACUGACUCAUCAUGUUCAAGUGUCACAUGUGCAAAAUCAAACGCGACAAGUUUACACAUUUGCUCGUGAUUCACGUCCUAUUCAUUAUCCUGUGGGAGGCGGAAGCGGGGGUAACUGA